AUGGCCGACCGCGACAGUGGCGCCCGCCGGAGGAGAUCGAGCAGCAUCCUUCAGGUGUAUCACGAGCCUCCCGAGACGCUCGAGCAGAUCAGUGAUCAGGCGGCUCUGCCCAAUCUCAACGCGAACUGGACCAACGCAAAAGGAGCUUGGACCAUCCACAUUGUCCUGAUAGCCUGCCUCAAGAUCUUUUAUGAUGUGAUCCCUGGCGUGUCCCAGGAGACUUCGUGGACGCUAACCAACAUGACCUACAUGUUUGGCUCGUACCUCAUGUUCCAUUACGUCCGCGGUGUGCCCUUCGAGUUCAACAGCGGCGCAUUCGACAACCUAAACAUGUGGGAGCAGAUCGACAAUGGCGCCCAAUAUACACCCACCAAGAAGUUCCUGCUCAGUGUGCCCAUUGUGCUGUUCCUUCUGAGCACGCAUUAUACCCACUACGACCUGGCCUAUUUCAUCAUCAACUUCCUUGCGGUUUUGGGUGUCAUCAUACCUAAGCUGCCUUUUAGCCAUCGUAUGCGAUUCGGCCUCUUCUCAGGCCUCCCCGAGGAGUGA